GUUCUACUACCACAAGUCUUUUUCUUUUAACGGAUUGGUCUUUUGCAAGAAAUAGACAAAAUAUCAGUGUGAAUUACACCAAUUCCUAUUCCAUGCUGUUAUGGGUGAAACUCUGGGAGAUUCUCUUAUUGACCCAGAAAGUGAUUCCUUCGCUGAUACACUGUCUGCAAGCACUUCACAAGAAAUUACCAUGGUUGACACAGAGAUGCCAUUUUGGCCCACCAACUUUGGAAUCAGCUCCGUGGAUCUUUCCGUAAUGGAUGACCACCCCCAUGCCUUUGACAUCAAGCCCUUCACCACUGUUGAUUUCUCCAGUAUUUCCACUCCACACUAUGAAGACAUUCCAUUCGCAAGAGCUGACCCAAUGGUUGCUGAUUAUAAGUAUGACCUGAAGCUCCAAGAUUACCAAAAUGCAAUCAAAGUGGAGCCUGCAUCCCCGCCUUAUUAUUCUGAAAAGGCUCAACUAUACAAUAAGCCUCAUGAAGAGCCUUCCAACUCCCUCAUGGCAAUUGAAUGCCGUGUGUGUGGAGACAAAGCUUCCGGGUUUCACUAUGGAGUUCAUGCUUGUGAGGGAUGCAAGGGUUUUUUCCGAAGAACCAUCAGAUUGAAGCUUAUUUAUGAUAGGUGUGAUCUUAACUGUCGGAUCCACAAAAAAAGUAGAAAUAAAUGUCAGUACUGUCGGUUUCAGAAAUGCCUUGCAGUGGGGAUGUCUCAUAAUGCCAUCAGGUUUGGGCGGAUGCCACAGGCCGAGAAGGAGAAGCUGUUGGCGGAGAUCUCCAGUGAUAUCGACCAGCUGAACCCAGAGUCUGCUGACCUCCGGGCCCUGGCAAAACAUUUGUAUGACUCAUACAUAAAGUCCUUCCCGCUGACCAAAGCAAAGGCGAGGGCCAUCUUGACAGGAAAGACAACAGAUAAAUCACCAUUUGUUAUCUAUGACAUGAAUUCCUUGAUGAUGGGAGAAGAUAAAAUUAAGUUCAAACACAUCACCCCCUUGCAGGAGCAGAGCAAAGAGGUGGCCAUCCGCAUAUUUCAGGGCUGUCAGUUCCGCUCCGUGGAAGCUGUGCAAGAGAUCACAGAAUAUGCCAAAAGUAUUCCUGGUUUUGUAAACCUUGACUUGAAUGACCAAGUAACUCUCCUAAAAUAUGGCGUCCACGAGAUCAUUUACACAAUGCUGGCUUCCUUGAUGAAUAAAGAUGGGGUUCUCAUAUCGGAGGGCCAAGGAUUCAUGACAAGGGAGUUUCUAAAGAGCUUGAGAAAGCCCUUUGGUGACUUUAUGGAGCCCAAGUUUGAGUUUGCUGUGAAGUUCAAUGCACUGGAAUUAGAUGACAGCGAUUUGGCAAUAUUUAUAGCCGUCAUUAUUCUCAGUGGAGGUAAGAUUCAUCUUUGAUCUUCCAUAAAGUGGGUGGGAUGGUGGUGGAAUGGCUGAAUUUUUUUUUUUUUUACUUUUACUUUCCUAGUGCUAGUGAAUGUUCCUUUUCUCUCUGUACUCACUGCACUUUUCAUACAGAAAAUGCCAAUGGCAUAAUGCCAUGAAAGUGUCACCACACAUGUAAAAUACCAAGAAAGGAUAUCAUAGAUUUGCUGUUUGAAGGCUUAGGCUAACCCAGGCUCUUUUCUUUUAAUCCUCAUAUAAUUUUUUCCUAAUCAAAUUCAAGCAUGGAAGACAAAUGCCCUCUUCUCCUUUUCCUUUCUCCUUGUUUUCUUUUUUUCCUUUCCUUUCCAGAAGGCCAAUCUAAUAUUUAUGUCACUUAAGUAAUGACAUGUAUAACUGCUUGAGAUGAUGCUCACUUGGCAUAGAGGAAGUGCCAUUAAGUGUUUUUGGUCAAAUGAUGCUCCUGCUCCACCAUCAGUAAGAUAUUUCUUUGAAUUGCUUUUCCAAUAUCAGGAAUCAAGCAUAUAUACUAUCUACUGACCUCUACCUACUCUCUCAUGUAGAUUCCUUUGAUUGCUUCCCUUAAAAUACCUUUGUGAGGGGGUUGGCUGUGGUUAAGAAUGCAAUCUGAACCAAAGAACACAGAGCAGAGAAAUGAAUUGAGUUAUUUAGCAAUUCAUUGUAUUUUUGGCCUUGCAAGUACAUGAUCUAACUGACCAACUCCAAAAGCCAAGUUUUAUACUAAAUGCUACUUUUAUUGGCCUCUCACAUGUUUCCAACUUGAAUAGAAGAAAGUUUUACUGUCAUCUUGCUCUAUAAAAGUUGUUUUUAAUGACGAGUUUUCAUUACUGAAAUGGAGUUCAGAUGAGCUUUUUAUGUGUCCUUACAGAAUAUCCUCUGAAAACUGGGGUGGCAUGGUGGAAGGGUGAUAUAGGUAUAGAUUUAGAUAUAGAUAGAUAUAGACAUAGAUAUAGAUAUAGAUAUAGAUAUAGAUAAGCUGUGUGUAACUGUACAGGAUAUUAUAAAGAGCAUUAUCCAUUCUAUUGUCCUUUGUUGUCCAAUUACUUGAGAGUUGAAUGCUUCUGAA